AUGGCCUCGCCCGUGCAUUUAUCGCGCGACCGCGCGCAGACUCGGCGGAUGCACCACCGCGCGAUGCGGCAGAUCACGGACGUCUUGGGCGUGUGCCUCAACUCGACUCGCGCCAAGGAGCAGUGGACGUGUCUGCGGCGUGACAAGCAGCAGGAGCUGUACGCCAAGCGCACGGACCAAGGGCUGGCCAAUGGGUCGUCCGUGUACUAUCUCGCCGUGAACGAGGCCGAGUGCGGCUUCGAGGAGGCGUUCGAGCUGCUGCACUUCGACACGACGGCGCAGUUCCGCCUCAUGAUGAAGCUGCUCCACGGCCGCGACUUCAAGGACGGCGCGCUGCUCUCCAUGCGCACGAAAGAGCACUCGGUGAGCGACUGGACCCUGGACACCCAGCACGCAGCGGUGUGGUUCAUCUACCAGGACCACCGCAAGUCGGUUUUACUGCGGGAGCAGCACCUGACGUUCUUCCAGACGCUCAAGAUCUUCAUCCCGGACAACCAGCACCAGCAGAGUGAAGACUACCAGACCGGGAUGACGUCGGUGUCCCAGACGUCGUCAAUGGCUGGACUGAACGCGCGUCCGUAUGACGGCGUACACAAGCGCACCAUCGCACUAAGCUGGCUGCCGUUCGCUAGGUCACACGAAGCCAUGUUGGAGACGGCGCAACAGGUUGACCUGCAGUACACGCUGAUCGUGGAGGAGAUUUCGCCUAACCGAUUGCGGCUUUCAUGUGUGACGAGUUCGUUCCACGAUGAGAACGAUGGUCCAAUGGCGGGCUCGCCUUGGGCAGCUCGGGCUAUUGCGCGGCGACUAGCGUUGCGGUCUGUUGACAAGUUGGAGUCGGCUGUGGCUGCGUCUAGGAUUGGCGACUGUCAACUUGUUGCGCCGCACCAAUGGGUCAAGAACGAGGACCGAGCGAGCUGCGUGAUCUGCUGGAAACGCUUCAACGCCAUCUUCCGUCGCCGCCACCAUUGCCGUCUGUGUGGCGAAGUUAUCUGUGGUUCGUGCAGCUCCAUGCGCACUAUCAACAUCGUCAGUAUGAAGACGAAGGAGGUGCAGAAGACCCGCAUCUGCCACCUCUGCAACAACAAGGCGCGGCUCAAGACCAACACGCGCGAAUACCCCAGCGGCAACAACAGCAGUCGCCGCCUCCGUGAACGCAAUCACCGCAGCAACGACAGAAUCCCACCGCCUUCACACCAACGCUGGGAUCAGGUGCCUCUGCUCGAGUCGGACUCGGAUCUCCCUCUCUCGCUACGAACGCUCCCGACAAACUUGAAAGCGGUGGCCAGCAACGGCGCGCACGACUACGUGUUACCGCCGCCUUCAAUGGAUUUCAUGCUGCCUCGGAGACCCAUGAUGCGAGACGUUGAAGUGAGCGACAACAACGACUUCGAGGAACUCGAUAGUGGCGGUUACAUCGGCGCGCUGCCCGAUCGACUGGUAGCGACUGUCAAUAGCAAGAUCAUCUCAAUCAAGUCCAUCGCUCGUAGUACCAAGAAGUUCUGGCAGGCUAUACCUUCGAACACGUCCAGCAACAAGAGUGUUUGGUCUCUCCAGGUGCUCGAGUCCAACAGCGUCGAAUCCAGUAUGAACUCUCCUGAUUGGGGAGGCAACAACGUGAAGUUCGAGGCCUCACGUUCAGGCUUUAACGCUUCAAGGUCGUUCCUGCAUCCGGCAGCGAUGGCCUCGAGGUCACGAAGAGCAGCCCAACCGAUCCGCAUUGCCGCUGAGGCGAGCAGCUACAGCUCCGCCGACCGGUCAUUCCUGUCUUCCUACAGCGCAGCUAACUCGAAGGAGCGGGAGGAGGAAGACACGAAGAGGUUUGACCAUCGACGAACGUCCAUGAUGAGCUCCAACGUGGGGCUACUUGACCAGGAUUCGAUGGGAGACGAAGGCUACUUCCUGCCCAAGCUGGAGGAAGAUCGCGAAGAAGAGCGACUCAAGCUUCUGGACGUGAUCGUGUCUCCUGCGUGCACGCUUAUCGACCGCACCAUGAUGCAUCGAAGCUGUGAGAUCGCCGCUGCUGCCUUUGGACUGACUGCUGCCUUCAUCGCCCGGGUGGACGUGGAGUACGUGAUCAUCGAACAUGCCAUCGGCACCCGCGAGCUUGGGCCACAGGACGAGAUCUUGCGGCGUGAAUCGCUGUGCGAUUUCGUGCUCGUCCAGCCUCCGUACCAGCCGCUAGUAGUGCUAGAUUGUCUCGCUGACCCACGUACCCGAGAGAUCCCCAUGGUGCAGCACCUCCGCAUGCGCUUCUUCGUGGGCAUCAACAUUUGCGUCCGAGGUCUCCCCAUCGCUUGCCUGUGUGCAUUUGGACACGACGAUGACACGGAGAGCGAGGAGAGUGAGGACGGCCAAAUAUCCGCGUCAUACUACGAUUCCAGUAUCCUAGAACACGAGGCCCGUCAGAUGGAGGACGAGCUCGAGAGUCUCGUCCACGGGUUGGAGCUAUACUAG